AUGGGUCGCAGAAAGAUUGAGAUCAAGGCCAUCAAGGAUGACCGCAAUCGUUCAGUCACAUUCCUGAAACGAAAGGGAGGUCUGUUUAAGAAAGCUCAUGAGCUUGCUGUCCUUUGCUCCGUGGACGUAGCUGUCAUCAUUUUUGGUCACAACAAGAAACUAUACGAGUACUCAUCAUGUGAUAUGCAUGAUGCCCUUGGUCGCUAUCAAUAUUUUGGUCCUCCCCACGAGCAUAAAGGUCCGGAAGAUUUCGCGGGUAAGCGAGACGAUGACGAGGAGGAAGAUGAGGUUUCACCAGCCCCCGAGGACAUCCAAGCAGUUCAACAGAACCACCCCGCCAUUCCCCCUCACCUCCAAAACCAGCCUUUUCAGCACAUGAAUCAUGCACCUUCCGCGUCACCCCCGGUCCAUGCCAUGACACGUCAUGGCACACCACAACCACAAGGAAAUUCGCGUCCGUCGUCAAGGAAUCAUAUUCGCCGAGUCAGUUCAAAUCUAGGUCCUCAGCAACAUGGUACACCUCCACCGCCGCCGCCUCCUGGUCCCCAAAAUGGCGCGUUUACAUACAUGCCAAAUCCAUCCAUGUACAACCCGAAUGUUCAUGCAAUGAACCAGCAACCUCGACCGGGACAGUUUGCGCACUAUGGACACCCGCCAGGACAACACCAAGGAACGCCUCCUAUGCAUCCGCACGGUUUACCACAGCAAAUGCCGCCGCAGCACCAGGGCCAACAGCAUUUCCAACAGCACGGCCAUCCCGUGGGAAUGCCUCCGGGGCCCCAUCAGCACGUGCAGGCAUAUAUGCAGGAACAUGGGAGAAAUUCAAUGCCUCCGGGUUUCGAUAGUCACCAAGAACGGAAUACCUCGGAGCACCCUCAAGAUGAUUCCUCGGGUACGAUGAAAGUAGAGCAGAGCCAGUCGCCGCCACAAAUGAAGUCGUUAUCGAAAUCACGGAGUAUCUUCACGCCUAUUGAUGAUCGAGGAUCGGUGCUCGCCCGCCAUUUCGGGGCUGGAGCGGGAUCAUAUGAAUCCCACAAUAACCAUUCUCUCAAGCUCGAAUCACUCCCACAAGCUUCUUCUGGUUCCAAAUCAAUGCCUGUUAGAGCUGCGACGGAGGCUCCUCGUGGAGGGCCAGUUGCUCCGAUUCCAAAAAUCAAACCACCAUCCAGAACUAAUAGUGGGCCCUUGCCAUCCAAACGGCCGCAGUUGAAGGUGCAGAUUCCUAGCGAAACCUCCGAUGGUGGCAGUGCCACGGCCGACUCGUCACGCGAUUCUGCUGGGAACAAAACCUCCACGCCCGCGAAAGGAAAUGCCGAAAAUGGACCUCCGGGCGUCGUGUUACCUCCUCCGUCGCCAUCAGCCGGUGCAAUACUGAGUGCGGGAGCGCAAGGGCCACCAAAUCCGUUUGCGCGACCGCCUCCUCCCGUUUCUACAACGCGAAACGACUCUUACGGCAGCAAUAGUGGAAAUCCGAAUGGGAAUAACUCGAACAACAUUGAAACACCUAUAUCCGCCCUGCCGAGCCGCUUUGUAUCCGAUGCACUCCUCCCGUCACCUUCCAGUUUCUUCCCCGAAUGGGGCUUUGGCCGAUCAGGCCCCGACUCCAACAUGCUGCCCAGUCCCCUCACCUUCCCGACUCCGGCAGUGCAAAGCGGUCCCAGCUUUUCUCGAGAAGACGAACAAGACAAGAAGAGAAAAAGCCCAGACGGUGGAACCGCAGGGGAAGGUACACAUAAAAAACCGAAAACCUGA